CUUGUUUUGGUAAACAACUCUUGGUUGCCACCCAUUGCACCAAAAGUCUUCGCUUCUGAAACCUACUUCACUUAACUCUUCUCUUUUUAUUCAAACACUUUCUACAGGGUUCAAAUUGUAUCAAUUUAAACUUUUUCUUGAGUAAAUGAAGAAGAGGUCGCCUUCUACUUCUUGCUCCUCUUCUUCUUCUUCUUCUACUUCCGCUUUUGUUCUUCUCGAUCAUCAUCAAUCAAUUAAACCGACAAUCAAACGGCCGAGAAAAAACCAAACGAAAAAGAAAUGUCAGACUGCUGCUCCCAACUUUUCAGGAAGAAGAAGCUCCGUUUACAGAGGAGUGACCAGGCAUCGAUGGACGGGGAGGUUUGAAGCGCAUCUGUGGGACAAGAAUUCCUGGAACAACACUCAGAACAAGAAGGGGCGACAAGUCUACUUGGGGGCUUAUGAUUGUGAAGAAGCAGCUGCAAAAACAUAUGAUCUUGCUGCGUUGAAGUAUUGGGGACCAGAAACGACUUUGAAUUUUCCUAUGGAGACGUACAAAACAGAGCUCGAAGAAAUGGAGAAGGUAUCCAAGGAAGAGUACUUAGCCUCUCUACGACGUCGUAGCAGCGGCUUCUCUAGAGGAGUUUCUAAAUACCGUGGCGUGGCCAGGCAUCAUCACAAUGGGCGGUGGGAAGCUCGAAUUGGAAGAGUUUUUGGAAAUAAAUAUCUAUACCUCGGAACUUAUAAUACGCAAGAGGAAGCCGCUGCAGCUUAUGACAUGGCAGCCAUUGAAUACAGAGGGGCAAAUGCCGUAACCAACUUUGACAUUAGUCAUUACCUUGAUCGCUUAAAAAUCAAAGGCAUUUUCCCUCACCAGUCCUCCACCGACCAAUCCGAAGACACCGAACCCGAGUUAGAGGUUGAACAACAACAACAACAACAACCAGCAGAAGAACAACAAGAAGAAGACGUCGACGGAAACGCCAAUGUCAACGCUGAUGCCAUUGUUUCGCCCGAAGUAGGCGUACUUGAUCAACAUCAUUACCAUGAAUACAUUGACACUACAGAAGAUAUCCAUGAGAUGACUUGGAGUUUCAAUCUAGACAAUCCGGGAUUUACCCCCCUCCUGGUUCCCGAUUUCUCGUUCGGAAAUGUCUCCGGCGAUCACCUCCCUGACAUAUUCGCUGACACAGGAUUCGACAACGACAUAGAUUUCAUUUUCAAUGAGAUGGACGACAUAGUUGAGGGGAACAUAGUAGAGGAUAAUAGCGUUAAGACAGCUGAGAAAGUUAGGCUGUUGUCUUCAUCUUUGUCCUCGUCUUCAUUAUCACGUUCUUCGCCGUCGUUUUACUCAACAACAGCCUCGGUUUCUAGUAACUGUUGUUGAUAAUAAAUUGGAGAAGUGUUUGGGGUUGGUGUUAGUUUAUCUGAUGAGUUUGCUGUUGGGUUUAGUUGGGGGUUGGUGAAAGCGAAAUUGUUUUGUCUGUUUUUUUUUUUUUUAAUCUUUAAUUUCUUCAAUGAAAUUAAAUUAAAAAAAAACAAAAACAAAAACAAAACCAUAAAAAAAAAAACAAAUACUAUCAGUUAGUGCAUUUACUUGUUCAACUCCUAUUAAUAAAAAAAUAAAUCUUCAUUUUGUUGA